AUGUGGGUCUACUGCGUGGAGGGUCGGAGCAUGACUCCCACCCUGAACCCGCAGGAGUCGUUGGUGGAUCGAUGCUUUCGAGACUAUGUGCUGGUGCACCGGAAUGCCGAGCUGCGGAAGGGCGACAUCGUGUUGCUUCGGGCCCGGGCGGUCGAGUUGAGCUCACAUCGGGAUCCAGGCACCAAUGAGCUCAUCGUGAAGCGACUCGUGGCCCAAGAACGUGAGGUCGUCUCCGCGCACUCGGGACGCCUCUUCGUGCCCGAGGGUCAUUGCUGGGUGGAGGGUGACAAUGGGCGCUUGAGCGUCGACUCGCGCUCCUUCGGUGCGGUGCCCUCUGGACUGCUGGAAGGCUUGGUCCUCUCAGUGGCCGCAUGGCAGCAAGGGGACGAAACGCCGGAAACGCCGUUGGCCGUUGAGCGGCUCCUGUCGUGGUGGGGAAAAGCAAAUGUUUCGGAUGACAUGAGAAAUUGGGAUCAAACAUGGACUGCUGUGAAGCCCUUCAUACCUGUGUGA